CCUGGGACAUCCAUCUGUCCUGCCACAGAACCACCAAGGAGUGCUCAGCUGGGUCACCUGCAACCAGGCUGUGCUGCAUCAGUGCCUGCACGGUUCCCACUGCAGGAUGCUCCGGGAGGCAUGGGGGGUGAAGAUGAGAUCUACGAUGAUGUUGAGCCUGUUGAGCUGGCCAGGAGAAGACCAGGCCUUCUGCUGCCUCCUGUGUGCCAGCUGCCAGUGUAUCCCUGCCCCAGAGGAGGUGGAAAUGCUGGCCGAGCCUCUAACAGGGUUACCUUGCUGGCAGCUACACAGAGAGAAUCCCAGGUGUCCCAGAAGAUGAAGACAAUGACACUCAAGGCAUGCAAGAAAGAAGAGAAGAUGGACAGGGGGUUUCAGAAGAAAUUCAAGUUCGAAGGCAGCAUCCAUGUCCUGACUCAGAUGAUGGUCGACCCUGCAGCAACAGAGAAGAGGGGCGGAGCGAAGAACCUGCCACUGAGACCGGGAGAAAUCCUUGAUGUCAUUCAGUUUACAAAUCAGGAGCAAAUCCUCUGCCGGAACAGCCAGAGGAGGUAUGGCUACGUGCCCCGGGCUGUGAUGCUGCCUCUGGACACUGACAUCUAUGAUGACAUUGAGAUUUAUGGCUGAGCCAACUGUGCUGAGUCCAAAGGCACAAG